GAAAAAUAAAAAGAUCUAUUUAAAAAAAAAAAAAAAAAAGAAAAAAGAAAAGAAAAUCUUUUUGUAUCGCAAUGGCGAUAAUUUUCAAAAUUUUAUUACUUCUGUCCCUCUUGUUUGUUUUUGGUUAUGCUCAUGAAGAUGCUAAGGGUGAGGCUAAGGAUAAUGCUACGGGUGAUGCUAAGGAUAAUGAUGCUGAGACUGAAGCUAAGCUUGAUGCUCAGCUUGAUGCUGAGAUCGAUGCUACUCCGAAUGCUUUUCAGAUUGAUCCUAGUAAGGUUGAUCCUAAUGAUGAGAAAACUAGAAAAGAGUUGGAGGAGUGGUUAAAGAAAGACGCAUAUAAAAUGUUCAACGAGGAAAAAGUAUUAGGUCCUCAUGAAAUGUUCGGAGACCCUUUCGGUAACCCGCAGGAUUUCAAGGCGAAAAAAAUACCUGACGAUUUUGGUACUCCAACAACGGGUGAUGUUGCCAAAGUAACCGCCGAUGCAGUUUCUGCUGAAGCUUCUGGUCAAGGUGCUGUUGGUAUUGGUAUCGCUGCUAAAGAUGAGGGUGGCGAUGCUGAAAAAGCUGGUGGCAAAGCUGGUGCUCCUUCUAGUAAUGCUGAAGCCGGUGGUGAGGCUCCUAGUGCUCCUAUGCCAGUUGCACUCGGAUACAAAGGGGAAUGGGAACUUGUCUCUGAAAAUUCUGGUGUCUCGUCUAUGCAUGCAAUUUUGCUUCCUAAAACUGAAAAGGUCUUGAUGUACGAUGCUACCAUUUGGAAAAUUUCAAAAAUUGAGUUGCCUAAUGGAAAAUGUCGUGUUCUUGACCAAGCCACUGGUGAGAAAGAUUGCUGGUGCCAUUCUGUCCUAUAUGAUAUUAACGACGGAAAACUUACCCCUCUCGAGCUCAAUACCGAUACCUGGUGCUCAUCAGGAGGUCUUGACAUUGAAGGUACCUUGGUAAGCACUGGAGGAUUUCAAGGAGGUGCAAAUACAGUCAGGUACCUUGGCACUGCUGAAGGCAGCGAUUGGAGAGAGUAUCCAACUGCUCUUGCGGAUCGUAGAUGGUACUCAACGCAGGCAACAUUGCCAGAUGGUGCAUUUAUCGUAAUAGGUGGCCGUGAAGCCUUUAGCUACGAGUACAUUCCCAAGGAAGGACAAUCCAAUCCCAAACCUUUUGCCUUUGAAUUCCUUCGCCAAACCAGUGAUCCAGAAGAAAACAAUCUGUACCCAUUUGUCUACUUAUCCACUGAUGGCAAUGUGUUCAUCUUUGCCAACAGUCGUUCUGUCUUGCUCAACCCUACUACCAACCAAAUUGUCAAAGAAUUCCCAGAACUUCCCGGUGGCUGCCGUAACUAUCCCGCUAGUGGAGCCUCCGUGCUCCUCCCACUUGUAAGCAAUACACAGGAUCCUAAAGAGAUUGUUCCAGCUGAAGUCUUGAUUUGCGGUGGCUCUGCACAUAAAGAUUCAUAUUCCCAAGCCGAAAAACAAAUCUUCUACGAAGCGCUUGAAGAUUGUGGAAGAAUGAUAAUCACAGAUACGAAUCCUGUUUGGAAGAGAGAGCUUAUGCCAACUCCUCGUAUUAUGGGCGAUAUGAUGGUUCUUGCAACCGGUGAAGUCCUUAUCCUUAAUGGUGCUAAAAGAGGAGCUUCUGGUUGGGGUUUUGCUCGCGAACCUAAUUUUACUCCAGUUUUGUAUAGCCCAACUGCUGAUAGAGGAGCAAGAUUCACUGAGCUAGCACCAUCCACCAUACCCAGAAUGUACCAUUCAACCUCCACGGUUUUACCUGACGGAAAAAUCCUUGUCGCUGGUAGCAACACAAACAAUGGAUAUAUUUAUGAUGCUAUGUACCCUACUGAGCUGCGUGUGGAGAAAUACUCACCACCUUACUUAAACGCUGCCGUUAUACAGAAAAGACCAGAGAUUGUGACCUUCAAUGAGCAAAUGACUUAUGCUCAGAAUAUUGAUAUUGAAGCCAAGAUAGCAGGUGACAAAGUGCAAAAGCAAAAUGUGUGUGUUACUAUGUACUCUCCUGCUUUUACUACUCAUGGAGUUAAUAUGAAUCAAAGGCUUAUCGUGUUGGGAGUAAAAGAGGUCAUCCCUGCCAAUGGAAACUUCAAAAUUUCCGCCACUGCACCAAUUUCUAACGCCGUUGCUCCUGUCGGAUAUUAUAUGCUCUCGGUUAUUUUUGAGGGAGUACCUAGCAUUACCAAAUGGGUUCAGAUCAAGUGAAAUAAUUCUUCACGAGAAUUCUUUUUGAAAUUUUGUAUUAAUUGUUUUGGUAAUAUUUUAUUCUUUUAUUAUGUUAGUAUUUUGAAAUAUUUAUCUUCUUUGAUUUAAUAAAAACAAAUUUUGAUAUUA